AGCACCUCCAAGAGCAAUUCCACUGUUUCCACUUUCCACAAGGUUUUUUAUACUAGGGUUUAACUAGCAAAAAUCCCAAAUUCCAUCGAUUCCCAAUCUCCGUAAACAUGAAUUCUUCUUCUUCUUCUGAUUCUGAAAUGGUAGAGAAAAUCACAGAAGAAAUCCCAAAUCAAACAAACCCAGUUCCUCCGGAAACCCUAGAAAAUCAAAAUUCAGAUGUUGAUUUAGUAGAUCAGAAGACAGGUGAUUCUUCAAAGAAUGGAGAAGAAAAAGAGGGUGAAGAAGAAGAAGCAGAAUGUGGGUUUUGUUUAUAUAUGAAAGGAGGUGGAUGCAAAGAUAGUUUUAUUGCUUGGGAGAAAUGUAUGGAAGAAGCUGAAGAGAAGAAAGAAGAUGUUGUUGAGAAAUGUUAUCAAGUUACUUUGUCAUUGAAGAAUUGUAUGGAAGCUCAUCCUGAUUAUUAUGCCCCAAUUCUCAAGGCUGAAAAAGCUGCUGAACAACAAGUUACCAAGGGAAUGGAGGAAUUGAACAAGGAGAAAGAAUCCAAGGAAAGAGGAGGAGAUGAAGAGGUUAAGGAGAUUGAGAUAGAAAUUGAGAUUGAGAAUGACAAUGGAAUUGAAUUGCAGAAUAAAAUUGAAAGAAUUGAAGAAGAAGAAGUUGUGAAGAAGGAGAAAUCAACAGAUUUGGAGAGUGUAGUCGCUGUAAAAGAAGGCAGCGAAGAGGUGAAGGAAGUAGAAUUGAAUAAUGAAAUUGCAGAAGAAGAAUUGGUUGAGAAGAAGAUAGAGAAGCAAACAGAUUCGGAGAGUGUAGUAGCUGGAAAAGACGAAAAAGAAGACGAAGAGGUGAAGGAAGUAGGAUUGAAUAACAAAGUUGCAGAAGAAGAAUCAAAGAAUCCAGUAAUGUCAUUUUUUGACAAAGUAUUUUCUUUUAAAUUUUGAAGGAGGAGAAGAGAAGGAAAUCAGAUUUGAGGGAAUUCCCAUUGUGUAUCAAUUGAUGAUGGGAUUGCUCAGGUAACACUAACGAAAUCCCAAAUCUUUUGUAUUUUCCAGUUUUGUUUCACAAUCAGUCUAAUUAUUAUUUUAGUUUUUGUUUUAAUGACAUUACAAUUAAAUCAUUGAGUACAAGUUGCAGCUAUUUCAGAA